AUGGACGACUGGAUGUACGCCGGGCUAGCCUCCGCCAUUCCCAACAUCGAAUCCGGCACGUCGAGCAAGACCAAGAUCUCUUCAAACCAGGGAGGUCUGCCUCCCUGUAAGAUCAUCCACGCCGGCGAAGAACUCUCUCCCGACGAAGCCCAACUCUCCAUUGGCCUCAAACCGCAGGUCCUCCUCUUUCGCUACCGUGAUAAGAUACACGCCAUCGAUCAUGCCUGUCCUCAUCAGACGUAUCCCCUAUCAAGGGGCACCAUCUACGACAUCGAGGAUUUCGGUGUCGUGCUGAGCGUCGGCAUCAGCUGCCCGAAGCAUGGCUGGAGUUUCGAUCUCUUUACCGGCAACAGUGAUCGCGGCAAGUACAAGCUAGGGCUGUGGGAAGUGGACGUCCGCGGAGGCGAGAAUGGAGAGGAGGUCUGGGUGAAGAAGAAGGAGCGGGAAAGGAUCGGUUGA